GUAUAAGUUAAAAGUUUGUGAUAUAAGCAACACGGCAUAUUCUCUCUCUUGCUCAUUCUUAAUUUUUCAAGCUUUUGAGAAGUAUUCAAGAUGGACUUCAAUGGAACUUAUAAUCUUGAGACCCAAGAAAACUUUGUUCCUUUUAUGAGAGCCAUUGGUAAGUUAUGCUUACACCAUAUGUUAUGUUAGAUGAUGUCUGUAAGCAGAGCUUUGAAAAGCGCAAGAAUGAUAAUGCAAAUUAAGUUUAGAUCUCGAGAAACGCUGCACAAGCAAACAUAGAUAAGUAAGAUUUCCAUUACAAUGAAUCAAUCCAUAUGGGACAUUGAACAAGAAUGAUUACGAAACUGAGAUCAUAUUCAAUUUUAAAAAAAAUGAAGAUCACAAAUAAACCAAGCAAAGUCUGGGGAUUUGUAUAUACUGUAUAUUUAAAUGAAUGAAACAUUAGGUAUAGCAUUAUAUAUUUAAUUGUUCAAUUGUUUGAAUGUAUGCAUAUGAAUUUAAAUGUUUCCAAGUCAAGUAACUCAAACCAAAAAAAAAAAGACAUGGACCAAAAAAAAAAACAAACAAGAUAGAUCAACAUUUAUAAACAAGAAAAAAUAAAUAAAGGAGCGAUAAACGAAGAAUUCAAACAGUGUAUCAUAAAUACAGAAAUUUGGCAUGUUCAAUUCUAACAAAUAAAAAAAUUAAAACUAAUCAAAGGAGCACAUUCAUUUCAAAGGAUUUAAUAGGGGAAUCAAUAAAACCAGCUGUUCACAGAGUAUAAAAUGCCUUCAGAAGAAAAACACACACAAAACACUAUGCAUUCCAUAUGCAGACUACCUCGGGGACUUCUAAAUACUGUGCUCCUAAUCCUUAGUUGACUCUAAUUUUCAUGGUAAAAAAGUAUCAGUUUUUGUCUUGAAGUGAAUUCAUUGCGCUUACAAGGGCUUUCCCCUCUAACUAUGCCUUCCACUGUCUCACAGUGUGUUUAUUACAUGACGAUUUUCCGUCUUUCACAUAUUUUUUCUUAUAUCUUUUUUUGAAAAACUGUAAUUUGUUGUGUUGGUACCUUAUGAGUUUUUUGGGGCCUCUUUUGGGGUUGAAGCAAAGAAGAUUGAAAAAGGAAGAAGAGAUCUGGUGGUAAGUAUAAUUUUAGUUUUUACAGGUAUUAGACUUCAUUGGCUCCCCAUCACUAUUAAAAUAAGCCGAUUAGCAGCAUUUUUUUUAUUUAUUUUUGCUGGAUGGCUAUCCCAAUUACCUGGGGAAGGGAUGGAAUUUUAUUUAUAGCCCCAGUCAUGAAGAAAAGGCCAAACAAUGGGCCAUGCACAUGUAUCUGCAUUUUUGUUCUCAAGCAGCUGACUUGUGAUUUGAAGUGGUCAUGGUGGUAGGAGUCAGUAUUAGCUUGAAGCGCUGCACAUUCAGAGAUAUUUGUAAUUGUGUGCUGGGGGUUAGUUGCACCCCCAGCACACAUGCCAUAGGCAGCCCCUAACUCUGUUCUGUCUGUUCUGAGCUGCCAGUGGCAAUUUUGUGCAUAACAUUUUGAUAAUCUUACACUUGAAGGCAGAGCGCAAAAUACCUCCUUCCAUUUCACUCCAUUCCAUCACAGGCCCAGAAUGCCAGCAUGCCCUCCGAGUUGGCAAAAUGGAUCAAUCACAUGCUUCUCUAUGUGAAGCCUUUGAUUGGACUGAGCUCGGCCUCUGUGAUGUUGGAGGGGUCACAGACGGUCAGCAUCAGGAUCUUCGCCCGGUGCUGGAUUGCAGGUAAGUAAAAUCUCUACUUACCAGGAUUUACUGCAAAUCAAGAUGGGGACCUUCUCUAUAGUGCCCAAUAGAGCAUUUUGCACCGCAAUGCCCUCCCCUCCCCCUCCUCAAAAUAAUUAGAGUAACCCUUUAAUUACAGCCAAAAUUCUGACAAAAAUUUAAUCGACUGAAAAAAGACGAUAUUUAUCGUCCGUUUUCCAUCAAUAGAACUAAACCAAAGCCGAACUUAAUUCCCUUUGAAUUCCCAACAAUCCAACUUUUUUGUGGAUAACAUUCAAUAUUUUGUUUUAGAUUUAUCCAGGAAUGGCUCGUGAGAGUGUCACUUGUUUUUUUUUUUCUUUUUAUCCAGUAACAUAUAAUUUCUAAUUUGUUUUAUACUUUUUGCAUUGAACAUUGAUACAGAUUUUGGUACAUCUAACAUACACUAACUCCGUAUUUUGUUCUUCAAGGCCUGCCAGAAGAUAUCAUAGAGAGGGGAAAGGAUCUUAAGAGUGUCACAGAGAUUGUGCAGAAUGGAAACCACUUUGUAUUCACAGUGACUACAGGACCCAGAAUUAUACGUAACGAAUUUACAGCAGGCCAAGAGGCUGAGUUGGAAGCAAUAACAGGAGAGAACGUAAAGGUAUAGAAAUCACUUUUAUCAGCAGAGUUGUAAAUGUUCUGAGAUCUAAAAAUAUGCUGUUAAAUGCUUUAAAGUGACACUGUUACCCUGAGGUCCUUUGCAGGCUUUGGUGACAUCUUUACUUGUGUUGCAACAGCUAUGGAGAGAAAGGGAAGGUAGAUAUACAUAAAUGAAAAUCUCCAUCGUAGGACCUGCCAUUUUUGUUGCAGCAUUAUCGAUGCCGUACUUUGCACAUCCGUGAGGGUAUUACAUAGAGGCCUAUGGAUAAUCACAAAGCCAGACAGACUACUCCUUACAAUGCACACGAAGAUGUCCUAUUCACACAUCUAUGAGAAUAGACAAUGCUGGACCGUGGAAAUGUCUGCUAUUGUCAAGUCUUGUCAGUUCCAAACUUUCUCUUAUGAUAUCUUUUGAUUGCAUUGGAAAUUCAAUGAAAUUACAACAUAGUCAAUAUAAUUUGUUUUAAUAAAUAUUUUGAAUUUAUCAAAUACUUAGAAGUGACAGGCCAGAGUCAACAACCAGCCUAACAAAUGUUCAAUCCAGAUCACAUACCACAUACAUAGUUACAUGUAUUCAGGCAGCAAUAGAAAGUCACAGGUUUUCUACCUGAAAUAUUAGGGAUUUAUUUGUUAAGUUUGUUGGCCUCUUUUUCUUCCUGUUCUAGAAUCCCUGUUAGCUUUCCUACUGAAGUUCCUUAGCCUGUCUUAUAAUUAUAUGGAGAAGGCAGGGUCAGCUAUUACAAUUAAAGAUACUUAUUUUCUCUAGAGGAUUGUCAUGUCCUCCAUAAAGAGCUUUUUCGAAUCCUUCUUAAUGACAGCCAGUGACAACAACAUACCUCCCUACUCUAGCCUCCACAGGAGCGGUGUAAAGAGGGGUGUAAAGAACAAUUUAGUGACAUAAUCCUAACAAAUGCUGACUAAUAUCUGGUAAUCUCACACCAGCAAGGAAAGACUUGCGGUCAUAGGCAUGCGCAGCACACACCACAAGCACACGCCGCGUAUGUAUGUAUAUACACAUAUAUAUAUACACGCACACACACAUACAUUGCUGUGUGUGUGUUGUGUGAGGGUGCUGUUAGUGUGAUGUGUGUGUGAGGGUGCUGGUAGUGUGCUAUGUGGGUGAGGGUGUUUGUGUGUGUGCGCUUGUGAGGGUGCUGUUAAUGUACUGUGUGUGAGGGUGCUGUUUGUGUGUGAGGGUGCUGUUUGUGUGUGUGUGUGUGUGCGCUUGUGAGGGUGCUGUUAAUGUACUGUGUGUGAGGGUGCUGUUUGUGUGUGAGGGUACUGGUAGUGUGCAGUGUGUGUUUGUUAGGGUCCUGUUAGUGUGCUGUGCGAGGGUGCUGUUUGUGUUUGUGAGGGUACUGUUAGUGUGCUGUGUGUGUGCUGUUUGUGUGCUGUAUGUGUGUGUGUACUGUAUGUAUGUGUGUGUGUGCUGUAUGUGUGCUGUAUGUGUGUGUGUACUGUAUGUUUGGGUGAUUUGUGGGGGAGGAGGUGGGGGCAGAUUAGUAAAUAUCCCCCCUCCCUUCUUACUUUAUCUAGGUAGGGGGGACCGUGCUGCUACCUUCCCUGGUGGUCCUGUGGAGGUGGGGGCAGAUUACUUAAUAUCCCACCUCCCUUAUUACAUUAUUUAGGGAGAGGGGAUCCUUUCUGCCAUCCCUGGUGGUCCAGUGGAGAGUGAACUUUAGCCUGCGGGGCUAGAGUUCACUCUCGCGAGAUCUGAAUUAAACUGGGUUUAUAUAUAGCAACCAAAAGCCCAGAUAUGUUCUGAGCUCUAGUUUGGUAGCAGCUUUGAUUGUGAUCAGUCCACUGGGAAACAGAGUCUUCAUUGUAUAUACUAUAGGUAUUCUUUAUUACACUGUAGGACAAUUUAUAACUUGGGAUAAUUCUCUCAUUCAUUUAUUAAUUGUUAUGUUUUUUUGUUGCAGUCCGUGGUUAAUGUUGAUGGGAACAAGCUGUUAAUGAACCUUAAAGGAAUCAUUGGCGUUUCCGAACUUGUUGGAGAUACUCUCACUAAUGUAAGUUUAGCUUUUAUCUAGCACAAUUGUAAGUCUCAAACAAGAAUAUUACAUAGUUACCUAGGCUGAAAAGAGACACGUGUCCAUCAAGUUCAGCCUUCAUACAGACAAUAUGCAUAUCUCAAAUUCAGCUGAGGCUUAUCUUUUCUGUUCCAUUUCUUCUCCUCUCAAUACUAAAAUCUAUUUUUAAUUAUAUCAACCAUAGCUCACCCUAUCUACAUUGUUCCCUCAUUACUUCAGACUGAGUCAACUGCUCCAACAUGUUGUUUUAACAAGAAUGCGGGACCGCACUAUUAGCGUUAUGGCACCAUAACCACUACAAUGAGCUGUAAUAGUUAUAGUGCUUAAGGUGCAUAUGUAAUUCUGUAUUAGCUUUAUAUAAAAAGAUAUAUAUUAAAAGAAACAAUAGUUGUGUCUUUAAUACCAUAAUAACAGCUACUUCUUGAGAACCAGAUGAAAAUAAAAUGGAGAACGAAACCGUCUUCAACGCCUGCCGAGGUCUAUGGUCUUUAAUACUAAAGUUAUAUAGUCACAAAUAUAAAUUCUCUUUAUUUUCCAGACAAUGACAUUCCAGGACAUUGUAUUCAAGUCAGUCAGCAAGAGAGCUUGAAAGGAAAGGACAUUUUUUAUUAAGUAAAAGUAUAAAUAAAACUGGUUCAUAAAGUA